AUGUUGAUAAUAACGGAGUUUAUAGUUGCGAUAUCUGCUGGAAUUUUAUCAGUUUCAAUCACCGCACCAAUAGUAAUUUACCAUGCUGUCAGAAAAAAUUUGGAGCAGAAAUAUGUGUCUAUAGUGUCAGCAAUAUUUGAGUUUUUUCCUCCUUUGGAAAAGCCGAUGAUCAAAUAUACAACAAAUCCUUCAAACUGCAUGCUAAUUCUUAAAUUUGUCAUUAAUAAAAAGAACACAUACAAAAGCCCUAUUGUGACAAUACCGCCGACGAAGGAAUCAAAGCAGAGUAACGUGAUGGGAGGAAAUCAUCAGAUGUUCGAUGAGAGCGAUAUAAAAUUUGAAGACUUCAAAGAUAAUACAAACCUCAUAUUCAUCAACUCAUCUAAUAUAUCAAUAACACGCAAGAAAUUUGGAAAUAACGAUAACCUUGUCGACGAUCAAAAGUUAAACGCCGAAAGUUACAAAGACUAUUAUUACCAUCAUAACGAUUACGACUAUGAAGGGAAAAUCAUGAAUGGAGAGAACAUUAAUAAAAAUACCUCGAGUCAGAGGCCGCGGUCAAUCUUGAUAAUACAGAUGGAGGGUUACGACGAGUUGACCAGAAUAUGA